GCUGCAGGCGCCGCGCCGAGGAGGCUGCCGCUCUGGCUUGCCGCCCCCCGCCGCCGCUGCACACCGGACCCCGCCACUGCACACCGGACCCCGCCGCCGCGCCGCGCCGCGGGCCAUGGACCUGCCCAGGGGCCUGGUGGUGGCCUGGGCGCUCAGCCUGUGGCCAGGGUUCACGGACACCUUCAACAUGGACACCAGGAAGCCCCGGGUCAUCCCUGGCUCCAGGACUGCCUUCUUUGGCUACACAGUGCAGCAGCACGACAUCAGUGGCAAGAAGUGGCUGGUCGUGGGCGCCCCACUGGAAACCAAUGGCCACCAGAAGACGGGAGACGUGUACAAGUGUCCAGUGAUCCACGGGAACUGCACCAAACUCAACUUGGGAAGGGUCACCCUGUCCAACGUGUCCGAGAGGAAAGACAACAUGCGCCUCGGCCUUAGUCUCGCCACCAACCCCAAGGACAACAGCUUCCUGGCCUGCAGCCCCCUCUGGUCUCACGAGUGUGGGAGCUCCUACUACACCACAGGGAUGUGUUCAAGAGUCAACUCCAACUUCAGGUUCUCCAAGACCGUGGCCCCAGCUCUCCAAAGGUGCCAGACCUACAUGGACAUCGUCAUUGUCUUGGAUGGCUCCAACAGCAUCUACCCCUGGGUGGAGGUUCAGCACUUCCUCAUCAACAUCCUGAAGAAGUUUUACAUCGGCCCAGGGCAGAUCCAGGUUGGAGUUGUGCAGUAUGGAGAAGAUGUGGUGCAUGAGUUUCACCUCAAUGACUACAGGUCUGUAAAAGAUGUGGUGGAAGCUGCCAGCCACAUUGAGCAGAGAGGAGGAACAGAGACCCGGACGGCAUUUGGCAUCGAAUUUGCACGCUCAGAGGCUUUCCAGAAGGGCGGAAGGAAAGGGGCCAAGAAGGUGAUGAUUGUCAUCACAGAUGGGGAGUCCCACGACAGCCCAGACCUGGAGAAGGUGAUCCAGCAAAGCGAGAGAGACAACGUAACAAGAUAUGCGGUGGCCGUCCUGGGCUACUACAACCGCAGGGGGAUCAAUCCAGAAACUUUUCUAAAUGAAAUCAAAUACAUCGCCAGUGACCCCGAUGACAAGCACUUCUUCAAUGUCACCGAUGAGGCUGCCUUGAAGGACAUUGUCGAUGCCCUGGGGGACAGAAUCUUCAGCCUGGAAGGCACCAAUAAGAACGAGACCUCCUUUGGGCUGGAGAUGUCACAGACAGGCUUUUCCUCGCACGUGGUGGAGGAUGGGGUUCUGCUGGGAGCCGUUGGUGCCUAUGACUGGAAUGGAGCUGUGCUAAAGGAGACGAGUGCCGGGAAGGUCAUUCCUCUCCGCGAGUCUUACCUGAAAGAGUUCCCCGAGGAGCUCAAGAACCACGGUGCAUACCUGGGGUACACAGUCACAUCGGUCGUGUCCUCCAGGCAGGGGCGGGUGUAUGUGGCCGGAGCUCCCCGGUUCAACCACACGGGCAAAGUCAUCCUGUUCACCAUGCACAACAACCGGAGCCUCACCAUCCACCAGGCUCUGCGGGGCCAGCAGAUAGGCUCUUACUUUGGGAGUGAGAUCACCUCGGUGGACAUCGACAGCGACGGCGUGACUGAUGUCCUGCUGGUGGGCGCACCCAUGUACUUCAACGAGGGCCGCGAGCGAGGCAAGGUGUACGUCUAUGAGCUGAGACAGAACCGGUUUGUUUAUAACGGAACACUAAAGGAUUCACACAGUUAUCAGAAUGCUCGAUUUGGGUCCUCCAUUGCCUCAGUUCGAGACCUCAACCAGGAUUCCUACGAUGACGUGGUGGUGGGAGCCCCCCUGGAGGACAACCACGCAGGAGCCAUCUACAUCUUCCACGGUUUCCGAGGCAGCAUCCUGAAGACACCUAAGCAGAGAAUCACAGCCUCAGAGCUGGCUACCGGCCUCCAGUAUUUUGGCUGCAGCAUCCACGGGCAAUUGGACCUCAAUGAGGAUGGGCUCAUCGACCUGGCAGUGGGAGCCCUUGGCAACGCUGUGAUUCUGUGGUCCCGUCCUGUGGUUCAGAUCAAGGCCAGCCUCCACUUUGAGCCAACCAAGAUCAACAUCUUCCACAGAGACUGCAAGCGCAGUGGCAGGGAUGCCACCUGCCUGGCCGCCUUCCUCUGCUUCACGCCCAUCUUCCUGGCACCCCAUUUCCAAACAACAACUGUUGGCAUCAGAUACAACGCCACCAUGGACGAGAGACGGUAUACACCGAGGGCCCACCUGGAUGAGGGCGGGGACCGAUUCACCAACCGAGCUGUCCUGCUCUCCUCCGGCCAGGAGCUCUGUGAGCGGAUCAACUUCCAUGUCCUGGACACUGCUGACUACGUGAAGCCAGUGACCUUCUCAGUCGAGUAUUCCCUGGAGGACCCUGACCAUGGCCCCAUGCUGGAGGACGGCUGGCCCACCACCCUCAGAGUCUCGGUGCCCUUCUGGAACGGCUGCAAUGAGGAUGAGCACUGUGUCCCUGACCUUGUGCUGGAUGCCCGGAGUGACCUGCCCACGGCCAUGGAGUACUGCCAGAGGGUGCUGAGGAAGCCUGCACAGGACUGCUCUGCAUACACGCUGUCCUUCGACACCACAGUUUUCAUCAUAGAGAGCACACGCCGGCGUGUGGCGGUGGAGGCCACACUGGAGAACAGGGGCGAGAAUGCCUACAGCACAGUCCUAAAUAUCUCGCAGUCAGCAAACCUGCAGUUUGCCAGCUUGAUCCAGAAGGAGGACUCAGACGGUAGCAUCGAGUGCGUGAACGAGGAAAGGAGGCUCCAGAAGAAAGUCUGCAAUGUCAGCUACCCCUUCUUCCGGGCCAAGGCCAAGGUGGCUUUCCGUCUUGAUUUUGAGUUCAGCAAAUCCAUCUUCCUACACCACCUGGAGAUCGAGCUCGCUGCAGGCAGUGACAGUAACGAGCGGGACAGCACCAGGGAAGACAACGUGGCCCCCCUACGCUUCCACCUCAAAUACGAGGCUGACGUCCUCUUCACCAGGAGCAGCAGCCUGAGCCACUACGAGGUCAAGCCCAACAGCUCGCUGGAGAGAUAUAAUGGUAUCGGGCCUCCCUUCAGCUGCAUCUUCAGGAUCCAGAACUUGGGCUUGUUCCCCAUCCACGGGAUGAUGAUGAAGAUCACCAUUCCCAUCGCCACCAGGAGCGGCAACCGCCUACUGAAGCUGAGGGACUUCCUCACCCACCAGGCGAACACAUCCUGUAACAUCUGGGGCAACAGCACUGAGUACCGGCCCACCCCAAUGGAGGAAGACUUGAGUCGUGCUCCACAGCUGAAUCACAGCAACUCUGAUGUCGUCUCCAUCAACUGCAAUAUACGGCUGGCCCCCAAUCAGGAAAUCAAUUUCCAUCUACUGGGGAACCUGUGGUUGAGGUCCCUAAAAGCACUCAAGUACAAAUCUAUGAAAAUCAUGGUCAACGCAGCCUUGCAGAGGCAGUUCCACAGCCCCUUCAUCUUCCGUGAGGAGGAUCCCAGCCGCCAGAUCGUGUUUGAGAUCUCCAAGCAAGAGGACUGGCAGGUCCCCAUCUGGAUCAUUGUAGGCAGCACCCUGGGGGGCCUCCUACUGCUGGCCCUGCUGGUCCUGGCACUGUGGAAGCUCGGCUUCUUUAAAAGUGCCAGGCGCAGGAGGGAGCCUGGUCUGGAGCCCACCCCCAAAGUGCUGGAGUGAGGCUCCAGAGGAGACUUUGAGUUGAUGGGGGCCAGGACACCAGUCCAGGUGGUGUUGAGACCCAGGCCUGGGGCCCCACCGAGCUGGAGUGGAGAGGAAGCCAGCUGGCUUUGCACUUGACCUCAUCUCCUGAGCAAUGGCGCCUGCUCCCUCCAGAAUGGAACUCAAGCUGGUUUUAAGUGGAACUGCCCUACUGGGAGACUGGGACACCUUCAACACAGACCCCUAGGGAUUUAAAGGGACACCCACACACACACCCAGGCCCAUGCCAAGGCCUCCCUCAGGCUCUGUGGAGGGCAUUUGCUGCCCCAGCUACUAAGGUGCUAGGAAUUUGUAAUCAUCCCCAUCCUCCAAAGAAACCCAGGGAGGAAGACUGUAAAUACGAACCCAAUCUGCACACUCCUCUAGUUCCAGAAGGACCCAAGACAGAACAGAUCUGAAUUCUGCCCUUUUCUCUCACCCAUCCCACCCUCCAUUGGCUCCCAAGUCACACCCACUCCCUUCCCCAUAGAUAGGCUCCUGGGGCUCCCGAAGAAUGAACCCAAGCCCAAGGGCUUGAUGGUGACAGCUGCGAGCCAAGGAUGAAGAAAGACUCUGAGAUGUGGAGACUGAUGGCCAGGCAAGUGGGACCAGGAUACUGGAUGCUGUCCUGAGAUGAGAGGCAGCCGGGCUCUGCACCCACGUGCAUUCACAAUGACCGUAACUCACACAUUCCCCCACCAGCUGUGGUCCCUUGCUCUCAGCUGCCAACCCUCCUGGGUCACUUUUGUUCCCAGGUACCUCAUGGGAAGCAUGUGGAUGACACAGUCCCUGGGGCUGUGCAUUCCCACAUGUCUUCUUGCUGCAGCCUGCCCCUAGACAUGGACGCACUGGCCUGGCUGCAGCUGGGCAGCAGGGGUAGGGGUAGGGAGCCUCCCCUCCCUGUAUCACCCCCUCCCUACACACACACACACACACACACACACACACACACACACACACACACACACUGCCUCCCAUCCUUCCCUUAUGCCCACCAGUGCACAGGGAAGGGCUUGGCCAAUGCUGUUGAGGGGUCCCCUCUGGAAUGCACUGAAUAAAGCGCGUGCAGCCUCAGUGGCAAAUAUCUCAUCCGCUGGCCCCCAGGACAAGUGGUAUGACCAGUGAUAAUGCCCCAAGGACAAGGGGCGUGUCUGGUGCCCAGCGGAGUAAUUUAUGCCUUAACCUUGUUUUGAGGUAGAAAUGAAAAAGGGACACAUCAAAGGCAUCUGUCCCCCUGUGCAUAGUACGACCUUUACUGUCGUAAAUAUUUUUGAAAAAUUAAAAAUACAGUGUUUAAAAACAACCAAGCACUGACAUCCCAUUCUGUGGGCAGAGCAUAUCACAGUGAGCCAUAAUCCCCUUUGAAGGAGAGGAAGUAGAAUGAGGGGGUUCCUUUCUUCCUCCCCCCUACCUCUACAUGUCAGAAGGGACUCAUCCACCAUUUGGUGCCCACAACAUGCCCUCCAAGUGGCUGCCUGGUCUCCGUGUGACGUCUCCAGUGGUGGAGCGCUCCCUCUCCCAAGAUCACCCUUCCAUCUAUGGCCAGUCUGGAUGGUUAGGACCUAAAUGUUUCACUGUAGCUUCUGCCCUUGGUUCCAGCUCUUCCCUCUCACAUCUCCCAGACUUCUCCAGGUCAGUUUCAUUGUUAACCCUCUUACACUCUGACUUCAACCAAGGUGUCUCCAUUCUGUUCUUGUGCCAUUCAUGUCUUGGAAUCCCAAUAAGUAGAGCCUUGGAAAUAAUUUGAUCUUGUUUUUGCAUAAAUGAGGACACCCAGAACCAGAGAGAGCCCUAGGCUCCCACAGCAAAACCAAAACUAAACCCAGGACUGCUAUUUCCCAAGCCAGAUUCCAUCAUUCGAGCCCAGCCUUAGGGCUUGAUGCAGAGCAAAAGCUGAAAAUGGUGAAACUAAAAUUUUGAGUAUCAAAACCCAUUGCCUUCUAAUAGAAUCAGAAGGAAAUGUUGCUAAAUCAUAUUCCAUUCCCAUCAUCACUCAUGAAUGGGGUAACCUGGCUAAAUGAGAAUCAAUGAACCCACACUCAUAAGUGCAUUGAUUUAGCACCAAGUCGUCCAUCAAAUAUCAUCAGAUCUGAGAGAAUGCUCUUAUGGAAAACCUGAUUUUUAGAGGUUGGCAUUCAUAUUUUUAAAAACUGCCACCUGUGACCACACUGCAGGCCAAACAGAAUGUACCUGCUGGUCAGAUGCAGCCCAGAGGUCACUGAAUUGCAACCUCUGGACUCUCGGUCAGAGGCAAGCAGCCCUUAUUCCAGAACUCCACGGUCCCUUCACACCCUUCCCCAGACCUACACCAAGACCAACUAAGUGGUCAAAAGGUGGACAAACUGAGAGUUGUAUCAAGGCCCUUAGCCUCCCAAUUUGUUAUCAAGUCUCUCUUUCUGAAUCUAUUUACCUUGAAGUAUAAAUAUCCAAGAUGAGCCUUAAGAAUGCCUGGUGGAGCAAACAAAGUUGCAUCUUACAGGGAGCAAAGUCUAUGCUAAUGCAGUGUUUCUCAAUCCUGGCUAUACCUUUGAACCACCUGGGAGCUUUAAAAUUGACCACCGCAAGGGGCCUACCCACUAUGGAUCCCAAUUUCAUUGGUUGGGAGAGGGGCCAAGUUUGUUUCCAACUUCCCCAGAUGACUCUAAUGGCUGAGAGCUGCAAUCAACAGGUAAGUGAAUAUCCAGGCUAUAAGAUGAAGAAACAGGGGGUUGUGCCCAAGCCCACUGUGCCUCAUAAAGCAGAUGAUCGCUGCAGAGCUGCGCUUCUCAAAGAGUGGUCCCAGGACUGCCUCGGUCAGACCACAGACUCCUAAGUUCCUCCUCAGACUUCACAGAUCCAAGCUCUAUGAGGUAAUUCUAAGCACAUUAAACUUAUAGAACAGCCA